AUGGCGAACGUUAAUUUGCAGAUGCCGCUCAUUGCAGCAGCCACCACCAUACUGACAAUUGUCAGUGGGGCCACCUCCUCCUCCAUCGCCACCGCCGCCGCCAGCAGCGCAUCCUCGACAGAAACGGCCAAGAACCAGCCAUCGUAUCACCAUAUGGGGUCAUUGUUCGAGAAUCGAUGGCUGCCAAUGGAUCAGCCGAUGCAGCAUCAUCCCAAUCAUCGCUAUGGCACGCUCAAAAUUCCAAGGGGAAGUGCGGGGAGUGAGAGGAGGGCCUUUAGCAGCAGCCAUUCCUCAGGCUCCCGUCAAGGAUUGGCCAACAUGCUCAAUGGGCUAACAAAUCUCUCGGGUCUGGGACACGUUACCCAUGGGUACCACGGCUCGGUGGCACCCACGCACACGGAGGCACUGGCCCUGGGCUCCACCAAACAGGAGAUACCGAUUUACGAGGAGCAGCAUGAAGAUGCCGCUGCGGUCGCUGCCGUUGCAGCCGCAGCUGGUGCCCAUGAUUUUGGUUCGGACAAUGGACAAUCUGGCGGUGGAUUGGAGAGCAAUCAGGAACAUUCGCCGAUUUACAAUUAUCCCGGUGCCGCACAUAAUGGUGGAUUUUUGCCGGCCUAUGGCUCAGCUGGCUCUGGUCCCGAGCAGGACUACCCACAGUGGUCAUCAUCAGCGGCGCCGGAGGAACAGCAGUCGGAACAGCAGGCAACUCAUCCCUAUGCGUACGAUAAAAUUUCAAUGGGCAACUUCCUGCCGCCGUACACGCCGGACUCUGGAUACGAUGAGCAGCAGGGGCAGCUUUACCAUCAGCAGUUGCAACAGCAACAGCAGCAGCAGCAACAGCAUCUGCAGCAACUGCAACAGCAACAGCAGCAACUGUACCACCAACAGCAGCAUCAGCAGCAUCAGCAGCAUCAGCAGCAUCAGCAGCAGCAGCAGGAACAGCACUCCUCGUACUUUGGUCAUCAUGAAUCUGGAUCCGGUUCGACAUCGGCUGCAUCUGCCUCGAGCGGAUCUGGUGCCGAUGACUUUGAGGAACAUCCCGAUGCUGGGCAGGAGCAGAGCUCCAACUACUUGUCGGAGGCAAGUGGUCAUGGCCAGGGACAUGGACAGGGACACACCCAUCACUCGCACCACGUGGAUAUCAUCAACUAUGUGCCGGUGAAGCAUGUGAAGAAGCAGCACGUGCCGGUGGAGAAGGAGGUGAAGAUACCCAUAUCGCAUGCGGUCAUCAUACCGGUUCGCAAGCCAGUGCCCAUCCACAUACCGAUCACCAAGAACGUUCAGGUGCCGGUGGAGAAGGAGCUAAAGGUGCCCGUGGAGCGUCUGAUCCCUGUGCCCGUGGAGAAGCACAUCCCAGUGCCGGUGGAGAAGCAUGUGCCCUAUCAUGUGGUCAAAUAUGUGCCCAUCAAGGUGCCCAAGCCGUUUCCCGUCAAGGUGCCCGUCUUCAAGACCGUGCUGCACAAGGUCAAGAGCUGGUGGUAGAAUCUGGAAUGUGCACAUCUCAUAAAUCCCAUCCUGCAUUCCAACGGCGUUCCUCAUUUGCAUCCAGUGCACGCGAAUUUCGUUAUAGUUAUAAGCACAUUACGCAUACGCCACCGUCAUCCCUGCCCUUUGGGUCACAGAAACCAAAGCGAACAACAUUAUGCAGUUUUGCACAUUUCGUAUUCGCAUUUCAUUUUUAAUGUCGAGUUUUAAAAUUCAUUUAAUCCCCGUGAUGUACAACAAUUUUGUGACUCAUUUAACAUUACAACAAUUUGCAUUAAAAUACACAAACACAAAAUGGGCACAGAAACGGCAAAACCGAAUGAGAAUCAUGAGAAUCGGGAAAAUGGCAAGCGAGACUUUCGCACAUACACACACGUGCUGCAAGGACGAGGUUUUUAGCAGCGAUUUCACGGUGCAUUUGUCAUGGACAUAACCCUUUUACCACCCAACCCAUACCAAAAUGGAAGGGGGUGAGGGGGACCAUGCUCAUUUAUUUAAUUUCACUUUAAGCGCACACAAUGAAAUUUGUGUUUAAUGAAAUGAAAUUCAUCUUCACAAAAGGCUCGCGCAUUCUCCGCCGUUGUUCGCAGGCUGCCAAAUGCCAUUUCCAGACCAUUACAUCGCCAGUUCGGCCUGGAAAAGUGGGCGCUCAACUUGGCCAACCGGGCAUCCCUGUGAUUCCUCUUCUGAUGCCAUCCCCUCCCCCUCCAUUCCCUCCUCUAAUUAAAUUAAGUGCACACCUUUGUUGUCCCGCUACGCGCUGGCAUGCCGCUCGUGCUUUCCCGCUUUCCCAGUCACCUGUGCAGUUCUCUGCUUUGAUUUGCUGCUCCUGCUGCUGCUGCUGGUCGAUUGAAUUGGCCAAGGGACUGCUGUCCCCUAUUUCCCAUUUUUUUCCAAGCUCCCAACUCCCAGUUCCCUGUUCCACUCACUGAAAAGUAUGCCACACAGCACGGCUUUUAAAUAUAGCAUGCACUGGACGGAGGAGCUGUUGCAGAAGGGCAAAGCUCGUUGGCGGAAAGAAAGAAUAACAUAUCGUUUCGUUCUCAGUAAAUUGUCUUCUCCAGCAAUCCUUUUGGUUCGCACGCACAGCCUCCUCCUCAAACAUUCGAUUGGCACUGCAAGAAAAUUCGCAGCAUUUAAAUAAGCCUCAUUGUGUUUGUGUUCAAUGAA